CUGAUUGGUUCCCCCCCUUUUUUCCGGCGGCUGGGCUGGUCACCAGCCACCGCCCAUGGCGAUCAGUUGGUGCGAUGGAGGUGACACCGACGAGGAAUGCGCCGUCGAAAGUAGCAUCGACAUCAGUGACCUACCAGAUUUGCCCAGGAGAGGACAAGCCUUUUGGACCGAGCCCUUCAUGGGCAUUUGCGUGGUGGGCGUGCUCAGCACCAUCCUCAUCGCACUGACCUACGGCGCGACCGCCGGGGCGGAGGCGACCCCAGUGACCGGUCUGGGCCAGAUAGCCCUCACGCUCAUUUGGGCGGAGGCGGGGGUGGCCGUGCUCAGUACGCUCUACUUACUCUUUGGGAAUGCCGGAGUGGUCCAGCGCAGCGAGAAGACGUGCUACCCGAUUCCUUCGGAAGUGGAGUCGUUGAUCAAGCAGCAGCGGACCCUGGACGGCUUGAAGAACAUUCCCGCGGGCCAGGACCAUCCCAUGCACGACUCCUACUGUGUGCGGUGUUGCUUGUGGAGACCGCGCAAUGCUGGCAAGGUGCACCACUGCAACGUUUGCCAGCGCUGUGUCACUGGCUUCGACCACCACUGUGGUGUUUUUGGCAGAUGCAUCGUACGGGCCAAUAUGCCCUGCUUCCUGGCCAACAUAGGUAUGAUGUUUGCUGGCAUGGUGACUGCCAUGAUGGCUUUGAUGUCUUCAGGGGCGGUCGUACAGGAACAAGGGAUGUGACGACACGUGGCACAGCCCGAAAAGGUUCAAGAGCUGGCGAUGAACCUCCCUGCUGAGCGUGGGAUUGGGCAUCGCGGUUCACGGAACAUGUGGAUGUGGUUCGGGCUUGGGACACGCUUAGGAGAGCGAAACUGCCUCAUGUUGGGUCAGCUGAGUAGGUUGCGCAAACACCGGUUUCAUCAUGCCAGAGCGGGGAAAGAUGAUCCACAUGUAC